UGACUGUCACGCUGUCACUUUCACCUUCACCUGCCACAUAUUUGGUUGAAAAAAGAAUUGUUUUUCUCUGUGAAAUAUCGUGAUUUCCAUCUAUUGAAUUGCAAAAAUGCCGUCAGAUUGGGAUGAAAUUAAGCGUCUGGCAGCUGAUUUCCAGAAAGUUCAGCUUUCAUCGACGCUACAAAGGCUCUCAGAAAGGAACUGCAUCGAAGUGGUGUCUUUGCUUGUUGAAAAAGGUCUUUUAGAGAUAAUCUAUACAAAUGAUGGUAAGGAAUACCUGACGCCUGAUCAAUUGUCCACGGAAAUCCAGGAUGAACUCUAUGUGAUUGGGGGUCGUGUGAAUCUAACCGAUGUCUCACGGACACUAAAUGUUGAUCUGAAUAAAGUGACUGCUGCUGCCAAUAAAAUAACACACAGGGACAAGGAUAUCCAUCUAAUUCUGGGCCAACUGGUCAAUGAAGACUAUCUUCAGCGAGUGGCUUUGGAAAUAAAUGAGAAGUUAAUUCAGAGUGGAGAAAUAUCCGCUGGAAGUCUAGCAGAGCAAUAUGACUUGCCAGCAGAUUUCAUUCUGCAGAAGAUUAUUGAACGAAAUCUUGGGAAAACCAUUCAUGGAAAGAGAGAUCCAUCUGAUCCCAAAGUUUUCUUCACCCAAACCUAUAUUUCUCGAUGCAAAGCUAAGAUUCGUGGAGCUUUAGCUGCUUUGUCUCGUCCAACGCCAAUUUCUUCCAUUCUGGGACAGUGUAAGCUCAAAGAGAAGAUUUUUUACUCCCUCAUCGAUGAUGUCUCAUUCGAUGGGAGUGUGACAUCAAAGAUGUCUGGUGCUCAGUAUAUUCCGAAUGUCUACAAAAAAGCCCAGAAUGAGUGGGUAACGAACCUGUUCAAGCAAAAUGGGUAUGUUCAGCAUGAUACUCUGUCUCACUUUGGCAUUUCCGACGCAAAGACUUUCAUUCAGCGUCAAUUGCCCAACGAAGAACUAGUACAUCUGGAAAAGUGUACGGUCGGGAAGAGAUUUGUUGAGCAACUGGAUGCCGCAAUUGAAGAAUGUAUCUCCAGUGGAUCUUAUCUGGACGUCACCACAAUUCUUCCGACGGAUUUGAGCCAAGGAGACAUCGAUAAACUCUUUGAAACUGUCAUGAAACCCACAACGAGUAGGAAUGUCUUGAUUUUGGACACUACAAUCUUCACUAAUGUCUUCCUGGAUCGCUUGGUGUUGCCCGUGAAAGAAAUUGUGGAGGGAAAUGUGAAGAAAGCCAUCGAGAGUGGAAAGUAUCAGCAGUACCUGGCGGAGAAACUGACGUCAGGCCGUCAGACAGGGCUCCAAGAGACCACUGGGGAUUCCAAGGCUGAUCGCCGAGAGGAGAGGAGGCGUAAGGCAGCUGUGGGAAAGGGUGGAGGAGGAACCCAGGGACGUGAAACUAAAACCAAGUCCACGAAGAAGCACUAUCGAGGCGGUGCAGGAGAAAAAGGUGGAUUUGAUUCAGAUUCCGAUGAUAACGGAAAAGUUUCCAAGAAGAAAACCGCAGCAAGCAUUGAUUUGAUUACACUAAAAGAAAUUAUUGAAGUGGUUGAAUCAUCUCUCAAUAAGCUCAACAAUGAAGAACUGUGUUACUUGGCAAAGGAUGUAGCACUGCAUUUUUAUCCGCAAUUUAGCAAAGAAGCUCUCCAUACGGCACAACAGGUGUACGAGGCGAGUUUGCAGAAUUCCACGCAAAAUCGUCGCCAGACUCAUGCUGCAUUGCAAGAGAAGUUGAACAAUUUACUUGGUGACGUGCGUCUGUACGAGAAAGGGCUAAAGCUCUUCCCCACUGAUGUUCAGCAGCAAUUGGUGAAAUAUUUACUAAAGACUCUUGGUACUGAUAUUUGCAAUGAGCUCUUCUUCUAUGUUGCUGCAGAAAGUGGUCUCAAUUGCAAUUCAUCAUCCCUCACGGUGGAACAGAGGAGUAACAUUAUGCAGGAAUGUGGUCAGGAGUACAAGUCAGCCCUGACGGUACUCAAUAAAACACUAUCUGGGCAGUCUGUGGAUGAAUUUCUUGUUGCAUCGGAGAAUACAUUGCAAGAAUGCAGUAUGAUUCUCAAGAAGAUUGACAAGAAGAAGGAUCGAUCGCUUAUUUUGGGUCAUAAACAUGGUUUACUUGAUCAACUGGCUAAUUGUACAGAUCCUGCUCUUGUUCUUCACUUGACAUGCCUUGUGAUCUUUACAAUUUCCACUCAGUGUAUGCUUCAUGCAUCUGGACGCCAUGUGGCGGCUAUACUGGCCUUCCUGCAGCCUCAUCUGCAGACAGAUCAGGCACAGCUUCUCACACAGUAUCACGAUCUCGUGCUGAAGGUCUUAACUGUGGCUGAUGAGGAGGCGAAAGUGGAAGUAUUGAGACAACUUGAGGACCUGACUCCCAAAGUCAAAGAAGUGGCUUCCUCAUUUAAGAAGAAUACGACGUCAUCGAAUGAAUAAUACGCGGUAAACCACAUUACCUUCAAUCAUAUUUCUGUUUACAAAUUGGAUAUUACUCUUGCGUUUUAUUACAAAAUUUACAUCAUAA